GUGUGUUCUGUUUGUGCCAAAAACCGGCAGACGAUGAAAGCCGGUCGAUGGGAUGUGUUUUGCUUCGCAGUUGGCUCGUCGCCAUCUUAGCAGGCUGUGUGAAAUUUCUCAUUCAUCAGUUUGUUUUUGUCUUUUCAGCAGCAUCAGCACCACCCGUCGUCGGUUGGCGACAGUGCCAAAACAAAAACAUCGAGCGCCCAGGUGCACGCACCAUGAAGUUUCCUGCGUCGUGCGUACCGGAGCCGGAUCCACGGUACGGGGCCCGCUUUCCGUGGUCAUUCACGUGGACGUCGGGCGUCCGGCAGCCGCCACUGAACCCGGGCGAUAUGGCGAAUCUGCACGAGCGCAUCAACCACCUGCGGCCGCUCUGGUUCGAAGGGUUCCAGCUGAACGUGACGAAGAGCUGCGGCGUGAACCGAACGGUCGGUGCCAGCUGGAGCUUGAGCCACGUAACACCGACCGGUUUCCGGUUCGGUGGACACUUCCUGCGACGGUGCAGCGAUAGUGUGCUGACCACACCACUUGUAGCGUUCGAUGUGAAUCCGACUACGCUCUGCUCGAACCUGCUGCUCCUGUACCGGCCCGUCCGGGCGCUGGGUGUUGAGCUGGCCCUGCAGCUGCAGCCGGGCGAAAGCCCGUUCGUGGACGAGUUGUCGGUGCAGUACACGGGACUCAGCCGGACGUCGACGGUACGGUGCAGUACGCCGGGCACGCCGGAUACGUACCGGGUCAGCGUGGAUCAUCUGGUCAGUCUGAACGAUCGGCUGUGCAUCGGAGUGGAAGUGUUGUGCGAGUGCUAUCGGGGCACAUACAACACCAAUGUGGCGUUCGCUGGACGAUACAACCGGGAAACGUCGACGCUGGCCGCUACCAUCUCGCCCGGAGCGUUCGAUUUGAGCUACUGGCAAAAAGUGUCCAACACGCUGCAGAUGGGCUCGUCAAUGAUUGUGAACCAGCGACAGAACCGAGCGCUCGGUAGCGUCUGCUAUCGGCUGGAACACGCCGACACCGUCAUCCGUGGUUCGUUCGAUUCCGACUGGACCAUUGGCUUCACGUACGGCAGAAAGCUUACGCCGGCCGCAUUCACCGCCUGUCUGAGUUUGUUGUUCUGUGCGCCGAAAAACACGUUCCAGUGUGGAUUUCGGAUUGAUUUGGAUUCUAAUUUGCUGUGAGUGUCGCCGCGAACCUCCGAAGCCUCCGAGCACGAUCGAUACGACCGCAGCAGCAGCAACAGCAGCAGUGAAAAGAAAAGCCACGCGGCUCAUCGUGCAGGACGGACGGCAUGGGAAGAUUAAAUGACACUACUGGGGAUGGCUCUUCACACCUGGCACCGGCCCGACCGCAAA